CCCCACUACUAGAUGAACAUAUAUAAAAGGAGGCGGGCAAUACAGCAGCCGACAGUUGCACAUCGACGUGCUUCGAUGUGCUAAGUCGCGAUGAUCGCGUUGUGAAGUUAGCUUUAAUAACAUCAUACAGGUUUCAUACUCGUAUUAUUCAACAAGUUGCGCACAGUGUUGUAUACGAGUUUACUUCCACCACACAAGCAAUUAUCAACAUGAUACAUGUAAUAAUCUUGUCGGUGAUAGCGGGCGCUCUGGGCCUUUAUUACUUUUUCUUCAAGAAGACGAACCUCUUCAAGCAGCAUGGAAUACCACACAACAAGCCGCUUCCCAUAAUUGGAAACGUGGAAUCAUUUUUUUUUCGCCGUCAGUCAAUAACGGAAUUUGCCAAAAUGAUGUACGACGUAGAUUCUGAUGCCAAGUACGUCGGCAUGUAUGACUUCACCAAGCCAAUGAUAGUGCUUCGUGACCCAGAGCUUAUUAAACUCAUCACGUUAAAGCAUUUUGACACGUUUAUGGAUCAUCGCGACUUCAUUGAUGAAACGCAGGAUAUCCUAUUCGGCAAGAGCCUCUUCUCCCUUCGCGGAGACAGGUGGCGACAAGUUCGAGCUUUACUGACCCCAGCUUUCACGUCCAGCAAGAUGAAGAGUAUGUUCAAAUUAAUGUCGGAGUGCGGUGCCGAAUUCGGCACUUACCUAGCGCAAACGCCGCCGGAAAAGAGAGCGAUGGAAAUGAAGGAAGUUUUCAGCAGAUACACCGUUGACGUAAUCGCUACUUGCGCCUUCGGCGUUAGUGUUGAUUCGAUGAGGAAUCCAAACAACGAUUUCUAUGUAUACGGCAGAGAAGUAGCCAAGUUCGACACCGCCAUGUUUAUAAAAUUCUAUAUAUACAACACUAUGCCUUGGUUAGCACGAAUAUUGAAAUUGAAAUUUGUCCGCGACCAAGUAAAGAAUUUCUUUCACGAUCUCGUCGAAACCACCAUAAGGACUAGAGAUGAGAAGGGUAUCGUCCGACCGGAUAUGUUGCAGUUGCUGAUGGAGAACAGGGGCAAAGAGGGUAAACCAGAUUUGACUAUCGACGAUAUGAUAUCGCAGGCGUUUGUCUUCUUCUUCGGCGGUUUCGAUAGCACUUCGGCCGCGAUGUGCUUCGCCGCUCACGAGAUCGCGAUAAACUCCGACGUACAAGAGACACUUCAAAAUGAGAUCGACAAUGUUUUGGAGGAAACAAACGGGCAAGCACCUUACGACGCCAUCAAUAAUAUGGAAUACCUGGACGCUGUGGUCAACGAGACUCUCAGGAUGUAUCCGGUUGCUAUAAUGACGGACAGAGUGUGCUUGAACGAUUUUGAACUGCCACCGGCUUUGCCAGGGGCGAAACCCUAUAUAAUUAAAAAAGGAGAUGGCUUAUGGAUAUCUAUGGUUGGGCUUCAUCACGAUCCCAAGUACUUCGAAGAGCCGAAGAAGUUCGAUCCGGACAGAUUUCUGGGAGAGCGGAAGAAAAAUAGCCUCAACUGUGGCGCAUACCUUCCUUUCGGUUUGGGUCCCAGAAUGUGUAUCGGCAACAGAUUCUCAUUGUUAGAGACGAAAGCGCUGCUCUUUCACUUAUUGGCACGGUGCAACUUAAGGCCUUGCGAAAAGACAUCAGUACCGAUCAAAUUUGCUAAAGAUGGCUUUAAUAUGAAGGCUGAAGGUGGUUUCUGGCUGAACGUGUCCCCACGAGAAAAUAUACAUCAUACUAUUGCGAGAAGCACUACUAAUGAGAAGACAUGACACCUAUGAUACCAACAUAAAAUGCAAAAUGAAGCUGAAACAAGGCAUUUUAUUCUUGACUCUUCGAUGAAGAAUGUUUCUAAUGUACUUUUAUCGUUAUAAAUUUAAACAAGUGAAAGGAUAAAGUUUUGAUUAUCGCAAUCAUAAAUAUAUAAAUUCAAUACGUUGUAUUUAAAAUAAAGUUAUAUAUAUGUAUGUAUAGAUAC